AACCUUGCUUGAAUCCUACUACAUGUGUAAACAAUGGGAAUUAUUGUUAUUGGUGGAUCCUCUGUUCCUGUUUUCUUCUUCUGCCAUAAAAAUAAAAACCCUUUCAUUGGAAAUAUUCCAAAACCAGUCAAUGGUUUUUGAUUUUCCAUGGUUUUAAACCCCCAGCAUUUUGCACCCUUUCCUAAACGAUAAGAACCACCUACAUUCGCCCACAGAUCCUCUCUCGAAUCACGCACUUUCUCAUCUACAAUUACUCUAUAAAUACAAACAAAGUUCAUAACUUUAACCCAAUUUGGCUUCAUUUCAAAUUUAACCAUUUAAACUUUUAUCUAAAUCUAUGGCACCUACUGCUGCAAUGCUCAUGCUCUCCCACAAUGGAAAACCACAUACCCCAUCAUCAUCAUCAUCAUCAUUCACAACCACAACUUUUUCUAUGUUGAAAGACUCUGCACUCAAAUGGGUUGCCAAAAACAAACCUUUAUCCAAACCAGGAUCAGAGAAAAACAUCAUUCAAACCCAGAAGUGUUUCGUGUUUCAUCCUUCUGCUGUAGAAAAGAGGAACUUGAAUUCUGUUGCUUGCUUCUGUUAUUUGUGCGAAUCAAAUUUUGUUGUCAUCCAGAAUCGAGAAUGUCAUUCAUUCUGUUCAUCUUUGCGUUGUAGAACAAUGACAAGGCUUUAUGACUGUGUAUGAGUUUUAGUGGCGUGGCCCAUAUCAAUUGUUGUGUGCAAGGUUAGAAGUGUUCGAAGGUGAUCGUGGAGAACGCUAAGCUAGGGUUCGAUUGGGUUCGAUUUUGAUUGUGAUUGGCACUGCAUCAGAUUAAAUUUCGACAUUGUGAUCGACGACAUUCAACAAUCCAUAUGAGCUUCCAAUUUUUUCGAAAUCAAUUUUAGGGUUUUAAGUUUUUUGCGUUGAAUAUGAUUUUGGGGGUUUUGGGUUUGUUUUUUAUUUUGAUUCUCGUAUAUCGUUUUGUGAUUGUUAUUGGUUUACUGAGUUGAAUGGUUUUCUGAUUUCGAUGGUUGUAUUGUCCCACCAUUGUGAUUCCUUUUUUUGUAAUUUGUGGUCCCCUUCGAAACGAGGUUUAGUUUUUUGUAGUUUGUGGUCCCCCUUCGAAAUGGGGUUUAGUUUUAUGUCGGUUUGUCGGUGGUAUGUUUCGUAAUAAAAGUAUGUGAUUUUGGGUAUGUGGACAUUUCACAGCUUUGAUGGAUGACGAGAAGUUUGAAGUGGUUAUCCACCAUGGAGUGCACUUCGUGAAUGAGGGUGGAGUUAAAUAUGUUAAUGGCUAACUUAGUGUUUUGUCGUGUGAUGAAGAUAGAUGGUCCUACUUUGAGGUGUUAUCAAUACUACGAGAGAUGGGUUAUAUUAAUGUCAAAGAUUUGUGCUAUUCUAUUGGAGGUUGUGCAGUGUUAGAGGAAAGGUUACAACAUUUCAUUGAUGACGUUGGUGCACUCCAUAUGGUCAGCAUCGCAAAGCGACAUGGUUCAGUUCAUAUGUUUGUAAUUCAUUCAAUUUGUGAAGCAAAGGUAGUACAUAUGCUAGAAUAUUUUCCAGUUGGGGAGAAUGCCACUGUGCCUGAAAUUGUAGCAGACCAAGUUGAAGCUGAAUUUGGUGAGGUUGAGGUUGAGGUGCAGUGUGAUGGUGCAGAACAAGUCCAGCCUGAAAGUGGUGAGGUUGAGGGAGAGGUCCAUGUUCGGGGUGAGGCUGAAGUACAUGUCCAAAAUGAGAGUCAUGAGGUUGAUAAUGAGGUCCAAAAUGAGACACAUAAUGAGGGGGUGCAAGAGCAAAAUGUAGAAGAAGUUGAGGUAGAGGAUGGUUGCUCUAGAGAUAACAUAGAUGAAGAUAGUGAUGGUUUAAUUCAUGUGGAUAUAGAUUGUGACCCAAAUGUUGGUGGAUCAUAUUGGACUUCCACUAUGUAAGACCUGUGAAAAUUAAUUAAUUAAAUAUUUAAUUAAUUAAUAAAUGCGGGUAG